AUGAGUCAGAGAACUCUGAAGAAUGAGUCAAGGAUGGAAAUGAGAGUGACUGGGAUUUCUCAAGAAAUGGUGGAUGAGGGCAGGGAAUCACCAGUCUGGAGAGUCUGGUUCCAGAACCGUCGGGCUAAAUGGCGGCGUCAGGAAAAGCUAGAGGCCAGCUCAGCAGCAGCAGUAGCAGCCGCCGCCACCAAGCUUCCAGAGGCCCCCGUGUUGGCCUUUGCUCGGCCUCCCCCGACUGCCUCUCUUCCCCUGGACCCUUGGCUGACCUCCGGCCCCCCAGCCAUGCAUGCCCUCCCGGGCUUCCUGGGACCAAGGCCUGGCCUACAACCUACCUAUGGGCCUCAUGCCUUCCUCCACACUUCCUCGGGACCCCCUCCCUUUGGAGAGGCCUUUGGUCCCCUGGCAGAAGCCGGGGACGCCCAUGCUCGGAGUUCCAGCAUUGUCUCUCUUUGUUUUCGGGCCAAGGAGCACGUGCAGACACUCGACAGGACCUGGCAACCUCUCUGACCCUAU